CACAAAACUCUAUCAAAAUCAUUAUUAAAAUUUGGAAGUAUUUCUUAAAAAUAGUUUUAAUUAACUUAAAACAGUCGCUUAAUGAUAUAAUUUAUUAAAAUUUGUGAAUAUGACGUUCUAAUUUUUGUUAGACUUAAUUAUUGAUAUACUAAUUUCCAAAUUUAUCAUUUUCAGUGUUAAAAUAAUUUUAUUAUGGAUAUCGAUAAAUCAAAUAACUUCAUAUUCAGUGAUAAACUUAUUAAUGAAGAUAUGGAUAACUUAAAUGAACUAUAUUCAUGGUUUGAAAAUAGAGGUUUAAUAAAUAAAUUAAGAGCAUAUGUAAAAAAACAAUUGUUAACAUCACUUAAAAAUCCAAGUUUGUUGAAUACCAACAAGCAAAAUUCUCUAUCUCCUAAGAUCCUAGCCUUUAAUUUGCUUAUAGCAGAUUUUUUUAUUUAUCAAGAAAUUUUCAUUACACUUUCUGUUUUCAUGGUUGAGGUUCCAUCAUUAGAAAAUCUCCAUGAGUUUUCUAUUUAUGUUGAUCAAGUAGGUACUUUUUCUGAAUUGCCGACAAACAAACCUCGAUUUCAAUUUUCUGAAGUGCAAGAUAUAUUAAAUGCUUUAGGCCUACACUCGAACUCAGAUAUUGUAAAAUAUGUACAUCAAAUGUAUUCUAGUGAUAACAAUGAAUCACCACUAAUUAUUAUUAUAUUUAAAGCUUUAUCUAUAGUAAAUAUCAAUCAAAAAAACACUGAUAAUUAUGAAGUCAGUCCUGAAGAAUUAAUUGAUAUUGAAAAUUGCAAUAAAAAAUGUACAAAUUGGCCGGAAGAAAUGGAUAGUGUUUUAAACUCGCUACAUUUAAAUGAUCUUCAGUUAAAUACUAUAAAACAGUUUUUAAAUAAAUUUUACCAUACUAACAAUUUUAAAGUAUUAUCUUUGAUGAAUGAGUAUGAAAAACUUAAAAAAUACAAUACUGAAAUUAUUGAUCGAGUGUGGGAAAUUGAAAAAACGUUUACUACUCGGUAUGAUUCAUUGCUACAGGAAAAAGAAAAAUUAAACCAUUUAUACGUAAUUGCGGAAGAAAAAGAAAAUAAAAUAAGAGAACAAAUGCAAAUUUUUAAUAUUGAACAUAAUAAACAAUUAGAGAACAUUGAAGCUCAAAAACAGGAAUUAAAAAUCAAAGAAAUAAAAAUUCAAAAUUAUGAAAAAUUAUUAAAAGAAGAAAAAACUAUUAACAAUGCGGAAAGUAUAAAAUCAACAGAUUUCAUUGAUAAAAUAAUUGACAAUCAAAAUGCACAUUUGCCAAAUGAACAAGAAAUAAAAGUAAAGCUUGAAAGGUUGAAUCACUAUAAAAAAAAAUCAAAUAUAGAUGUAGAAGUUGAUGAUGGUGAAAAUAUCUCAUUAAGUGAAGUUUUGAUGGAUAGAGAAAUUAUUAGAAGAUUGCAAAAAGAAAACAAUGAAUUUCGUGAAUUUAAAAUAAUCCAAAAGAAAAGAAUUGAUGAACUAACUGAAAUAGUUGCCAAUUUGAAAAAAAUAAUUGAAAAAACUGAUCAAACCUCUAGAUUUGAUGAUUUUUCUUCUAAAAAUGUAAGAAAAAAACUAACAUUUUUAGAAGACCCAAAAAUAAAAUAUUAUGCCUCACAAAAUUAUUCUUCGACAACUGAUCUUUCAACAUCUUUAUUUGAAUCAGAUAAUCAAACUGAAGAUGAAACUGUAAAGGAGUCUUGUACUAGGUUAAAAAGGUUAGAAAUUCAUUCUGAUAAAAUUAAAAAGAGUUAUAAUGAUUUCCAAAUGCAGCAUUUAAGGAGUGAAACAGAUUAUAAGAAGAGGACAAAGAAUAAAAAAUUUGGUAAUGACAUUCAUUCUAGUUUAUCAGAUGGCUCCGAUUCUUUUUUUUCCAAAAUAAAAGAUCAAAAGAUCAGUCUAAAGCAAAUAGCUAAUGAAAUUGGAUACCGACGAUCAAUAAGACAUUCUUAUAGUACCUCAUUGAAUAAUAAUGAAACAAUUCCCAAUUUAUUAAAAAAUUAUAAAUAUAAGGAUCUUAUCAAUGCAGAAAAAAUAAUAGAACAAUUGCCCAAUACAUGUGAUAAACCACUCACUAGUUUUUCAAAUAUAAUUAAUAGCUCAUCACCAACUAAAUAUAAUGAUAACAUCUCAUUUAUAAAUCAAUCUCAUUCAGUAGAAGAGCCAUUAAAUUUGAGUAAAGAAAAGGAUGUGUUAUUAACCACAAGCAAUAUACCACAAGAAAUAACACCAUCUAAACUUUUCUCAAAAAAUGAUACAAAAAAUUACCAAUCAGAAACCGUUAUUCCAAAUAAUUUACAAACAAGUAUAAGUAUAAAUGAAAAUUUAAAAACUGACAAUAGAAGUUUGCAAAUUGAUGAGAAAAAUUCUAAUGAUCAUCUGAGUAUUCUCAUUAAUUCUGAAAGUAAAUCAAAUGAUCAAAUAAACUUUAAAAUGAAUGAAUCUUCAUUGAAUAGUAAAAAAGAUGAUAGUGAAAACUGUUUAUCAUUUGGUAGCAAUAAAUCUUCAGAUUUUUGGAGAUCUCCAUAGAAAAAAUAUAUUUAUUAUAAUUUUUUAUUAAUUUAAUGUACAAUAAUAGGGUAGAUAUUAUAAUAAUUGUAAAUAAAUAUUAAAUAUUUAUAAUAGU